GUGCGUUUCUCAUCCCCUACCUGAUGAUGCUGGCUCUAGCUGGGAUUCCCAUUUUCCUCUUGGAAGUGUCACUGGGGCAGUUUGCUAGUCAGGGACCCGUGUCUGUCUGGAAAGCCAUUCCUGCCUUACAAGGCUGUGGCAUUGCUAUGCUGAUCAUCUCUGUUCUAAUAGCCAUAUAUUAUAAUAUUAUUCUGUGCUACACACUUUUCUACCUUUUUGCAUCCUUUGUACCUGUAUUACCUUGGGCUUCCUGUAACAAUCCCUGGAACACACCAGACUGUAAAGAUAAAAACAAACUUUUACUAGAUUCCUGCAUCAUUGGUGACCACCCUAAAAUACAAAUCAAGAACUCUACUUUUUGUAUGAGUGCCUAUCCAAACUUGACAAUGGUUAACUUCACCAGCCAAGGAAAUAAAACGUUUGUCAGUGGAAGUGAAGAAUAUUUCAAGUACUUUGCGUUGAAGAUUUCUGCAGGGAUUGAAUAUCCUGGUGAAAUCAGGUGGCCCUUGGUACUGUCUCUCUUUCUGGCUUGGGUAAUUGUAUACCUAUCCCUUGCUAAAGGAAUCAAGACAUCAGGAAAAGUGGUGUAUUUUACUGCUACGUUCCCUUACGUGGUGCUUAUCAUCCUACUUGUCAGAGGAGUAACGUUGCCAGGAGCUGGGGCUGGAAUUUGGUACUUCAUCACGCCUAAAUGGGAGAAACUAGUGGAUGCAAUGGUGUGGAAAGAUGCUGCCACUCAGAUUUUCUUCUCCUUAUCUGCCGCAUGGGGAGGUCUAAUUACUCUCUCUUCCUAUAACAAAUUCCAUAAUAAUUGUUACAGAGACACGCUGAUAGUAACAUGUACCAACAGUGCCACAAGUAUAUUUGCUGGCUUUGUCAUCUUUUCAGUUAUUGGCUUCAUGGCAAAUGAACUUAAAGUAGAUAUUGAAGAUGUGGCAGAUCAAGGUCCAGGUAUUGCUUUUGUGGUUUACCCUGAAGCCUUAACAAGGCUUCCUCUCUCUCCAUUUUGGGCUAUAAUCUUCUUUUUGAUGCUUCUGACCCUUGGAUUGGACACUAUGUUUGCUACUAUUGAGACAAUAGUGACCUCCGUUUCAGAUGAGUUUCCCAAAUACUUACGUACUCACAAACCACUCUUCACUCUUGGUUGUUGCAUUUCCUUUUUCAUCAUGGGAUUUCCUAUGAUCACUCAGGGUGGAAUGUACAUGCUCCAGCUUGUGGAUACUUAUGCAGCCUCUUACUCUCUUGUCAUCAUUGCCAUAUUUGAACUUGUUGGGGUUUCAUACAUAUAUGGCUUGCAAAGAUUUUGUGAAGAUAUAGAGAUGAUGAUUGGAUUCCAGCCAAACAAAUUUUGGAGAGUCUGUUGGGCAUUUGUAACCCCAACCAUUUUAACUUUUAUUCUCUCCUUCAGUUUUUACCAGUGGGAACCAAUGACAUAUGGAGCUUACCACUAUCCUAGCUGGUCCAUGGUACUUGGAUGGUUGAUGCUGGCCUGCUCUGUUAUUUGGAUUCCAGUUAUGUUUGUAAUAAAAAUGCAUCUAGCCCCUGGCAAAUUUAUUGAGAGGCUCAAGUUGGUCUGCUCUCCACAACCUGACUGGGGCCCAUUUUUGGCUAAACAUCGUGGUGAACGUUACAAGAAUAUGAUUGAUCCAUUGGGAACUUCCUCCCUGGGACUUAAACUGCCAGUGAAAGAUUUAGAACUGGGGACCCAAUUCUAGUAAUUAUUAUAUUUGUGGCAAUAAUAUAUACAGCCUUUAUUUUAUUUUUCUUUUACGAGUUUUCUGAUGUGUCUUUUGUAAUUUUUCACAGUGCCUGAAAGUGGUUGCUUAGAAAGUAGGACUUAUUGUCGCAUGCCAUAGUAAAGAUCUAGACAGACCACUUUGAGUACUGUGUAACGUGUGUGAGUGUGUGUAUUCUUUUUUUCCUAGUGGUGCCCACAGCUUUUUAUUUUCAUCAUGACAGGGCAACGUGGCAUGAUACAGUAGAGCACACUCCAACUUUUUCCAUGUCAGGCCUACCCUAACAGGUCUGGCCACUGCGAUUUAAGCAUUUUGGUAGGGAUAUGGCUUCAACCAACAUAGGACUAAUUCUGCUCUUUUGCACCCAGGGUCCCCCACUGUAACAUGUAACCAUAAUGGGACUGAUAAUGUGUUAUCAGGGUAACCAGAGACCAAGGGAAUGAGAACAGAAUGUGGUUUGUAUGGCCAUAUUCUGACCUCCCUAAUGUUGAUGUAAAACUAGGGUGACUUUGACCUAAGUGGAGUCACUUAGAUUUACUUCAAGCUCAAAAUUUGACCUACUCUGUCUGCAAACAUUUCUUCUAUAAGUACUGAUUAUACUGACCUCUGGGCCUUGAGACAACAUUUAAACAGUGCACUGGUAUGUGAUACAUGGCAUCAGAAUAGAAAGGACUUAAUGAGCCAUUCAAUAUUUUUGAGCAAAAAUAUAAAAGCAAAUGUAAAAACUGAAUAUUUGAGAUUAGGACUAAAGCGGUAUUUGAGUCUGAAAACUGAUUUGAAAUUAUGCCAAGAACAGGCAGAUGGGCACCACUGUUUUAAUUAAUUUCAUGCAUUUCCAUUAAUAAUUUGGUAUUUGUCUUUUUCAUUAGCAAAUGUCUCAGUUAUACAGAGUAACUAAACCUUCGUUUCAUUGGCAAACUGAAUAUAUGAUAAAUGCAAAUGCAGUUUUAUUCGUGCCAUCCAGAUACUCUGAAUGUGUUUUCCAUGCUUUUGUUUACAAUCUCUCCUCAAGAAGCCAUCAUAUAAUUUGUGCCUAAUUUUAUAUUCUUACAGUAGUAGGUAUAUUCGAGUUUCCACAUGAGAACAGUUAUUAGAACUUAGCCGUGCUGUUUGACUAUGUGAUUCCCCUAUUUGUUCUCUUAUAAACUUCUUUAUAUAACUCAUAGAUAUAUUCUUCUCUUUCAACAAAUGGGGAAAUAGUAAGACGCCAAAUUGUCUAUAUAUUAUAUAUAUAGCACAUAAAUUUUUCAAAGCACUAUUCUCUCAUAACAAUCUGAAUGUAUAUAGCCUGCCUGCCGUUUUUUGCUGUCAACCCCUUCAUUAAAAAAUGAACAAUGAAGUCACCAACAGAGUUGCAACCUUAGAUAGACAAAACAAUAAAGAGGAGAAGGAAGAGCUUAGUAGAUUGCCAUUAUAACAACUUACAUUACCGCACUACAUUCUAAACCACCGCAUUUUAGAAAUCCAAGAUAUAUGAAGAACAAUAUACGAGUAUUAGUCUUAAAUAGUUCUGUUACCUAGGGGGCAGAGUAAAAAUACAGCUUUUACGGGUACAUUUAAUUACCUGACUAGAAAUUACCCCCAUUUAUUGUAAAUGCAGUAGAAUGAGGGAGAAAAAUAUGUCUUCAAUAAUUGGCAAAACCGUAACCUUUAUUAUCCUGUUGUAGCCUAUACAUACAUAUAUGAGAUUUUUUAAGUGAUCAGUGUUCAUGUAGUGUGUACUAGUGAUGUUUUAUGUCCCUAUAAAUAUCUUAUCAAUCAGUGUAGAGAUGGUGAGUUUAGAUUAGCUUAGCCUGUUUUUUUCCCCACUGCUGUAGUAGCCAAUCUAAAUGUACUUUCCUUUUAGGGGACUGUUUAUGUCACGCUCUUAUUUUGUCUGUUAGUCUUUGCAUUACAGGGUCUCAGGUAAAUCUUCAGUUAAUGUGUCAGUAGAUCUAUAGAUGUGAUGUUUUCAUCCCAUCGAAGAAAAAAACAAAAAACAAACUAGACCUUAAUGUAACAUUUUCAAAAUAAUCAUUUAUUGUGUGUGUGUGUGCGUGCAUGUGUGUGUGUAUACAAAUGUAUAUUAAAAAUAUUAAUCAUUUUGCUGAACUUUAUCUUUCACGGGGCAAAUAGUGUUGCCAGUUAUUGACACUGCUGGAGAUACUCAAUCCUCAGGCAGUACGUAUGAAGCACAAUCAAAUGAUUUGUCAUUAAAUGAAGUCAAAGUAGAUUUAAAAAUAGUCUGUUACCACCCCUUUACUCUGCAGCAUGCUCCCUUCAGUUUGGGGUCCUUGUUAGACCCUAUGUUGUGUACAGCAUGAAGACUGUGACCCUUCCACAAGCAUCUCUGCCUUAAAGCUGAGCCAAAUUGAUUUGCCUUUGCCAGCUGUUUUAAUAGAGAGCUGCUAUUCCAACUCCUUCUGGGUUUUGUUUCCCUGAGUGAACUGUGUUUGAGAAGCUACCCCUGGCUUGACAUAAUGAAAUUUCAUAAAUACAAUCUGAAAAUUAGCCUCUCCAAACACCCAUGGCUGAGGGAAAGAAAUCUGUAAUAUACUAAAAUGAAUUACCAGCAGUCUUUCCAACUGGAAGGGUGAAGAAAAGAACCUAAAUUAAUUAGCACCACCUAGUGGGAAUCAUGUGUUUUCAUCAGGAUUAAUAGAUUUUGGAUUCAUCCUUAUUGGACAAAACCUAAGUUUGAUUUUGGAGCCCAACCUAUUUUCUACUAAUUACUGCUGUUGUGGCUUUUAAAAAUAUAUCUUGUUAAUAUUGUCAGGUUUUUAUUUUCUAGGGACUGUGAGUUUGCUUAAUAGCUAUGAAUACUUUUCACUGGCUGGGUUAUUCUUUCAGAAGACGCAUUAGUUUGAACUGAGAGUAACUAUCAGUAUAAACUGAUUACUGCCAAAGUACAAGGACAAUCCUUGCUUGCAUAAAAGAUCUGUCAUUUGAAGGGACACCGUUUAGUUACAAUAUAUCCCCACCUAUGUCACUACUGAUAGUUUAAGUCAUUGGAGGCUAACCUUUUCUUGGCAGGCGUGCCACAAAUUAGUCCCACACCCUUCCCAAGUACCAUUCUUCUGCCUGCUCAAAUCCCUGCACAGAUCCCUGCCUCAUCUGCUGCUCUGUUUUCUGCUUGCUGUCCUCUCUGCUACUGUGCUGCUUGUCCCUUCCCCAAUCCGUCAAGUGCUCCACACACAGGCUGCCUGUGCCAGUUGUGGCAUGCACGCCACCAGUUGGCCACCCUUGGCUUAAGUUAUUAAAAGGAGUGACCAUGAAAAAUCUAAAUUAAUUUUCCUGAUGCUUUUGGUCAGACUAGUUUUCAUUUCUCAGGCUUUGGUCCUGCUCCUAUUGAAGUCAGUAUUACAGGGUCAGGCCUUCCAUUGGAACUUUGAAAACGGGCUAGUCUGUUUCAUUUUGUUUCUAGUCAGUUUUGCUUCCAGAGUCUUCUGUGCCAGGGUUUGGCUAUCAGAGAUGUCAGGGGAAAAUUAAAUAAACGCAAAAACAUAGAAUCAAAAAUAUGAAAAGAGUGGAAAUGUUUCUGUUAUAGUCUUAAAAUGUUUUCUACGCAAUUUACCAAAACAAAAUGUUGACCUGAAAUUCCCCAGCAGCAUCCUUUGCAAUGAAAAGUGGUGUUACAGUUGGAGAAAGUAUUUAAUUUCUCAGUCUAGUAUUGUUUGCAGAAACUUUUUGUGCAUUUUCUAAAAAAAAAAAAAAAAAAAGAACAUAUUUGAGUAACACUGAGUAAAUACUAGAAAAUAUGUUUAAAAGAGCAGGGAAGAAAAGCCAUAUUUGCAAAAAAGGUGACCUAUAUAUGGUCUAUCGGUCUUGCAAGUAAAAAAAAAAAAAAUCAAAUCUGGUGAGGAUUGUCUUUAUGGCAUAUUUUUUGUUUGAAAUGAGAUUGAAUUUUUGGACAAGCUGUGAUGCACUAUUGUAUGCAUUAAAAUUACAUUUAAUGCAAAUCCUUGCCAUUUUUAAAUUCUUUGGGGUCUUCCUAGUGUUUUUAAUAUGCAAGCAAUGUACAAAACCUGUGUUUCAGUUAGACACAGCAGCACUUUGUUUCGAAAAGAAAGGUUUAACAAAAUGACCUUUAAUUGAAAAAAGACUUGGAAUGUCUUUAUGCUAGUGUUUCAUUUGGGUCAAGUUAUCCUUUUAUUAGGUUCUGCUCCAUUGAUUGUAUAAAUGUGCUUCAGCACUGAAGAUCAGCAUUUCCAGUUUACUGUGGUUUCCUCUUGCUAUGGAAUUCCAUUUGCAAGUCCUUUUAUAUAUUAUUGGCCUCCUUUUGGACACUUGCGCAGGAGUUCCCUUCUAGUUCUAUGUUCCUUGUGGCUUAUAAUGAUUUCUUGCUGGAUGUGAUAUAGCCAUUGCUUAUUUCAUGCAGUCAUUGAUUUUUCUCUUAUUUUGUAUCCCUUUUAUUCUGCAAUCUCAAUUUUAGAAAGACUAUUAUGGACUGCUGAUGCUUUCAGCUGAAAGCUGUAUGGCUAUGCCAAGCGUCGUUCCCAAAUAGGAUGUAUGUUAGCUAGGCUUUCUAAAAGUUGCCAGGAGGUCUGGUGGGUGUAUUAGACACUUGUUUCUUAGCUUGUAGUUAAAACUUCCUGCACAUAAUAUAUUGUAUCUGUGAAAAGGCCAGAACUUACUGUUCCAGGGAACUGGUACCACAGACACAAAGGGGGGAAAACAUUUAUGGUACUUAUGGUUUCUGCCUGUAUAUCAUCCUCAGGCAGCCUGUAACCAAAGAGGGAGUGUUUUUUUGAUGGGUUUAAUUUAAAAUGUGAGAGCUGGGCUGGACCUUAUUGCUUGCAAUAUUAUGAUUUGCCCAUCAUGUUUUAAAUACAUCUUCAGGUAACCAUUUGCCUUAUAGGUGUAUUUCAUUGUUAGUAAUAUAUUAAUGUUUAACUAGACUAUAUCAUUGUCCGUCAUCUCUGAUAUGUCAUGUACUUUGUGAGGUAAAUCCUUAGCUGGUAUACAUUGCCACAGCUCCAAAAUGAGCUAUGACAGUUUACACCAGUUGAAGAUUUCCACCUGUGUCCUUUUGGCACUUUAUUGUGGACCUAUCACUGAAUAGGUUAAUUCUUAAUUACUUGCGUAAUGUCAUAUAUAUAUUUACAGGCAUUCUAUGGGGUACUGCUGCCUAUGGAUAAAGAUAUGUACCCUAAUCAGGUCAUUAUAUUUUUUUCAUUAGCUAUACAUGGAGAAAAUAUAUUAUGUUACAAAGGAUGCAUUGUAUAUAAUAGCACAUAUUAUAUGCUGUACAUUAUUCAUUUAAGGAGUCAUUAUUCUUGAGGCCCUACCUCAGAUUUUGUAUUUAUGUGUAUAAAUGCAAUUUACUGUAUUAUAUAUUUGCCUAUUAUAUUCUGAUGUGAUAAAUUAGAAUUUAUCCUAUAAUGUAUGGGUU